AUGUUAGAAGACGCAGCAGAAGCAGUAGCAACAAAAGUGUUAACAGCAGAUGCAGCAGCAGCAGCAGCAAAGGGUAAAGCAGCAGUAGGAGCAACAACAUCAGCAACAGCAGCAGCAAAAGGAGCAACAAAAGCAGCAACAGCAGCAGCAACUACAACAGCAGUAGCAAAGGCAGCAGCAAAACCAGCAACAGUAGCAGCAGUAGCACAUGGGGAAAUGACAACGAGGGAUUGCCUUGAGACAGCAGCAGCAGCAGCAGCAGCAAAGCCAAAGAGAUGCAGCAACGAGACAACAACAACUAAUACAAACAGCAACCUGAAAAAGCAGCAGCAGCAGCGUGGCAGCAGCACCAGCAGAAGCAAAAGCAGCAUCAGCAGCGCAGAAGCAGCUGCAAAGGGCGCAGCAGCAGCAAAAUCAGCAGCAGCAAAACGUGCAGGUGAAGCAACAGCAGCUGCAGCAAAGGGUGCAGCGCUAGCAGCACCAGCUGCAGCAAAGGAUGCAGCAGAAACAGCAGCAGCAGCAGGAGUAGCAGCAGCAGGAAGAGCAAAACUAGCAGCAGCACAGCAGCAAAAUAAGCAGCACCAACACAGCAGCAACAGAAACAGCAGCAAUGUAAGUAGCAGCAAAAGCAGCAGCAGCACGAGCAGCAACCGAACUCGAUGGCAGCAACAGCAGCAACAGCAGCACGACAGCAAUAAAACCGAUGGCAGCAGCAGCAACAACAACAAAAGCAACGGCAAUGCUUGGCAGCAAAAGCAGCAGCAACAGCAGCAGCAGCACGAGCAGCAACAAACCGAUGGCAGCAGCAGCAAACCAACAACAAAAGCAGCAGCACAACAGCAGCAGCAGCAGAUGCAGCAAAUGCAGCAGCAGAAGAAGCAGCAGCAAAGGGUGCAGCAGAAGCCGCAGCAGCAGCAGCAGCAAAGGGUGCAGCUGAAGCAGCAGCAACAAAAGCAGCAGCAUCAAAAGCAGCAGCAACAAAGGCAGCAAAAGCAGCAGCAACAGCAGAAGCAGCAACAUCAUUAG